GCGAAUGUGCGAGCUGCCUCCUUGCAAGCAGCCAUAAUUGGGAUUAUUCAGGAAUAAUUCGCCUAAUCCAGCCGUGCUGUUUUUGUUUUUGUUUUUCCUAUUUUUUCAUUUGAUUUCGGCAGCGUCUGCGAUGUGAAGCCCUCUGUGCCGUCGCUGGAUUUGUCCAAAAACCAUGUAUUUGUUCUGUCACGGAGGCUUUUAUUUUGGACCAUUAAGAUGUAGUCCACCUUCGCUGGACAGCAAAACAAAGACUGCAUAAUAACAGUUCAGGGUAAAUACAUCGCCUUUUACGCCGAAAGAUGGGGAAAAGAGACGUAUCGCGGCUGUUGUCUGUGUGGACUAAUUGUCCCGGUGCCUCUAGUCAAUAUAAACGCCAAGACGAUUCAUUUAGGGGAUGCGCGAUCUUUUUUUCCUCUCUAACGUUUGUGGGUGGGUUAUUAUAAGCAUUGAAAAUCUGACAUCAUUUGGAUAUAUGAACAGAGCAAGAUAUGUUAUUUUUCCACCGCGUGUGUUUCUAGGCUUCUGGAAACCCAUCCUCGACGUGAUGCAACAUAAAAUCUGUUUUCUCGGAUGAUAUUCAGACACCAAAUGAGCACCUUCUUCUCCAUGAAAAUGUAAAAGGGUGGCGGUGGAUUUUUUUUUGUGUGUGUGUGAGAGAGUGUUUUUUGUAUGCAUAUCUUUUAAAUGUGGCUUUACAUCAGUCCUCAUCCUGGAUUUUUUAUUUUUUUGAUCAGCUGUUGAUUAUUAGGUAGCCUCUGCCCGUCUUAUGUUUAUUAAAUGUUGCUCAGUUCGCUUUCUUCGCGAUGGAUUUAUGCAUAACAGGUGUUGUUUGAGCCUGAGAUCACACAGCAAGACCAUGCAGCUUUAUUAUGUGCUUUUCUCUCCAUUUAACGAACACUGAAGCAAAGCGACUGGGAUCCCUUUUUUUUUUUUGGGUUUUUUUUUUGUUUUUUUUUUUUUUUUUACCGUGAGGAAAGAAAGGAUGCAAAAAUGAGGGGAUGAAAGGUGGCGAGGUUGUGGACAAAGAGGAAAGAUGAUUCUGUCUUGUAGAAAAGAUCCUUUCGGCCUCUCCUUGUAAAGACGAGAGAGCCGUGGGAGACGACGGCUGUAGGAGGAUCUGUACUGUUUUUAAAGGGGCCCAAACCAGGCAGGCUCUUGUGGAAGGGGAAAGAAUGGCUAACCAGAGCUUUGCCAUCGACGGCCCUGGCAGUUUGCUGGCUGUGCUGGCCUCUCAGAGUGGACUAGCAAGGGGCGGCAGCAGCAGUGACAGCAGCAACAACAAUGGAGGAAUCUCUGCCACAGAUGUGUCUGCCUACUUUAAGCUGGUCUUCUUGGGGUUGAUCAUCUGUGUCAGUCUUGUAGGCAACCUCUUGGUCUCUCUGCUGGUCCUGCGAGACAGGACGCUUCACAAGGCUCCCUAUUUCUUUCUUCUGGACCUGUGCCUGGCCGAUGCAGUUCGCUCUGCUGCCUGCUUCCCCUUCGUGCUGGUUUCAGUCCACAACAGCUCGGCCUGGACUUACAGUGCCUUGAGUUGUAAAGUUGUGGCUUUUAUGGCUGUGCUGUUUUGCUUUCACGCUGCCUUCAUGCUGUUUUGUGUGGCUGUCACUCGCUACCUUGCCAUUGCCCACCACCGAUUUUACGCCAAACGCAUGACCAUCUGGACCUGUGCUGCCAUCAUAUGCAUGGUGUGGACUCUGGCAGUCGCCAUGGCGUUCCCACCCGUCUUUGACGUGGGGACUUAUAAGUUCAUUCGUGAUGAGGAUCAGUGCAUUUUUGAACACCGCUACCUGAAGACCAACGACACCCUGGGUUUCAUGCUCAUGCUGGCUGUGGUGGUCCUGGCUACUCAUGGCUUCUACGCCAAGCUGCUGCUGUUUGAAUACAGGCACCGCAAGAUGAAACCUGUCCAGCUGGUGCCUGCUAUCAGCCAGAACUGGACCUUCCACGGUCCCGGGGCCACAGGUCAAGCUGCAGCUAACUGGAUCGCAGGGUUCGGUCGUGGUCCCAUGCCACCUACUCUGUUGGGCAUCAGGCAAAAUUUACACAAUCAGCACCGGCGGCUGCUCGGGAUGGAGGAGGUGCGAUCAGAGAGGAGGCUGGGCAGGAUGUUCUACACCAUCACCCUGCUCUUUCUGGUCCUCUGGGCACCGUACAUCGUGGCGUGCUUCUGGAGGGUGUUCGUAAAGUCCUGCACCAUCCCUCAUAGGUACCUUUCCAUCACAGUGUGGAUGAGCUUCGCCCAGGCUGGAGUGAACCCCAUCUUCUGCCUCCUGCUGAACGAGGACCUGAGGAAAGUGCUGAGAGCUCAUCUGCCUACUUACUGGAGGACUAAACAACACCUGCCCCAGGAUGAGGCCUACUGCAUCAUGUGAGAUUAAAAUGAGCCUAAAGAGGGGGAUGUUUCACGUUUUAAGGGGGAAUUUGGAGAGCAGAAGGGUUGCAAUGCACCUUGCUUAAGUGUCAGUGUCUGUUUUGUUGUUUUGCACAACAAAAUCCAAAUUUUGCUAACAAAUGCAGGCACAGUGCCGAUAUCUGAAGAAUGUUUAUAUGUGAAAAAAUGUGUGAGUUGCAAAGGUUUGGAUAGGGCAGUAGAAACGCCCUGGUAACACUUUAAGGGUUUGUACCGCUGAUGACGGACUAUAUAAUUAAUAAAUUGGAAACAUCACAACAAUCACCGCUCCAGCUAAGUGUGUCAGAUGCCAUUUUAAAAUAACGUUGCCUUAUUUUAGAGGGACACGCCCCAGAGCUUUCAGCUGAGAAUGCGUUUCUGUGUCACAUAAGGCACAAAACAGACACAGAGAGGCUUGAAAUCCUUGAAGAAAUGUGCCGUGGACUGUGAAUAGAAAGUGUUGAUCAGAGCGUUACUAACUCUGAAACACAUCAAGGAACUCAAAGGGUCUAAAUGGAUUGAUAGACCACCCUGGACGCCUUUUCAUGUAAUUCAAAAGAGACUGCAGAAUAUCAAGUGGACUCAAUAACCUUGGAUACAUUUAAAUAGCUGUUGUGAUCCCAGAAGCCCCUAACAUGCUUGAUUUUUUUGGACUUGAUUUAGGGCGUGUCAGGUUUCUUUGUAUCAUAAAAAAAAAAAUUGCCUGUUUUCCUUUAUUUGUAAACAAUACAUGUUAAGCAGAUGACACUAUUUUGAAAUAUGACUUGAUUUCAUAUUGUAUAGACCGUACAGGAAUCUAUAUUCCUGUUUGUGUGUUUUUAUAGAGCAUUUGUGUGUAUGUGUGUGAAAAAGAAAAAAAAAAGGCAGAAAGAAAAAAAAAUGCAGAGGGAAGUGGAAGGAGACAGAAAGAAAUAAUGAGGAUAGAAAAGGUUCCAGUAACACUGAGUCAAUAUGAAAGCAGCCUCAUCUUGUGGUCUCAAAAUCAUGGAAAAUUGAGCAAUCUCAUCAUAUGGAAAUUUAUCCUUCAAAUGGAUUUUUAAGCUGGAUUUUUAAUGCUAAUGUGCAAGCAAUUGUGAAAUACAGAUGGAUAAUGAAAAAAAGGGAGACAGAAUAAUUAGAAAACAACAGUUGUACAUUGAAAACAGGCCAUAGGAUUUAAUGACUUGAAUGGUGAUGUAUAUUACGUUAUUUGGAAAAAAAAAAAAAACAACAUUAGGAAGUGUACAUUUAUUUGCAAAUGACGAUCUUGGGAAUGUUUUAAAGUGCUGUUUUGCUCUCACCAGAAUACAAAAAAAAAGAGAAAAUGAAGUGGCACUUAAUUUGAAUGAAACUUGAAUGUUACCGGGCCAUCUUAUAUCCCCCCCCACCCCCGAACAUUAAAGCCAGCACUUGAGUGUCUGGAUCACAGUAUGUUCAAAAUCCAAACAUCUUCAGGUUGUAUACGACCCCCAAUUUGUGUGGUGUAUGAAAACUGGCAAUGAAUACAAUGAAUUGUCUCUCCAAAUUACAAUUCAUGUGACACAAAUGUCUGACCUACGAUGUGUUAGGCAUAGAUAUACACGUGCAGUCAAUUUUAUUUAAAAAUGUGGACACUUGCACAGCAUACUGUACUAAGCAUGCAUUUCCACUGCAUUUCAUAGAUUCAAAACUGGGGAUUACAACUUGUACAGAUGUUGUUAUGGAAAGAAAAAGUGAAAAGUGAACAGAGGUCCAUAAUUUUUACGUCUGGCAUUUCCUCGCGAGAUGAUAUUCUGUAACUGUACAGUUUAACUGAGUUGGUUCUUUUGCCCACUCAUCAAUAAAGACUCUACUUUUGAUGCAUUCUGA